AUGUUGGGAGACAGUGACCCCAAGGAGGUCACGCUUGAUAACCUCGAGGCGACACUCAAGUACGAUACCCAGGUCAAGCUCGCUGGAAUCGACGCCGACGGGAUCCUCCGCGGGAAACUGGUCUCCAAGAAGAAAUUCGUCUCGAUCGCAAAAGAUGGCUUUGGGUUCUGCUCUGUUAUCUUUGGGUGGGAUAUGCACGAUCAGACAUACUUCAAGGAGCUCGCCAUUAGCAAUAAAGAAAAUGGGUAUAGAGAUAUGGUCGCCAUCCCAGAUUUAAAGAGCUUCAGGAGAAUACCUUGGGAGAGCAAUGUGCCCUUUUUCCUUGUCGACUUUUAUGACCCAGACACUCAUGCCCCAAUUUCUGCCUGUCCGCGCGGGCUCAUGAAAACUGCUUGUGCUGGCAUGGAAAAGCUGGGAUACAAGGCUAUGGCAGGAGCGGAAUAUGAAUUUUACCAGUUUCGCGUCCCGUCGAAUGCAGAUGAGGGAGAACGAAACUCCUCUGGGACAGCUAGAUUUCUCAAAACAAACCCAGUCGCUGAUCUGCCGCCGUUGACGGAAGGGAUGUUCGGGUAUAGUUUGACGAGGCCGGUUCAUAACCAAGAAUAUUAUUAUAGGAUAUUCAAUACAUGCCAAACGUUCAAAUGCGACAUUGAAAGCUGGCAUACGGAGAGUGGACCGGGAGUAUUUGAAGCGGCCCUAGAGUUUGGUGAAAUCAAGGAGAUAGCGGACAGAGCUGGUUUGUUCAAAUACGUCGUCAAGGCCCUUGGUAGCAAGUAUGGUAUCACGCCUGCUUUCAUGGCUAAGCCCGUUCAUGGCCUUCCCGGAAACAGCGGCCAUAUGCAUGUCUCUAUCGUGUCCAAAGACGGGAAAAACCUCUUCUUCCGCGAACAGCCCGAUCCCUCACCGCCUUAUCCCGAUGUCGCAAACCUCUCCGACCUUGGAAGAUAUUUUUUGGCGGGUGUCCUUGCCGGUCUCCCUGAUAUAAUGCCUAUCCUUGCCCCGACGAUAAACUCCUAUAAACGACUCGUGGAGAACUUCUGGGCACCUGUCACAGUUUCUUGGGGGUUGGAACAUCGUGCUGCAUCCAUAAGACUGAUAACGCCUCCGACAUGCAGUCCAAAGGGCUCGCGACUUGAAAUUCGUGUUCCCGGUGCCGAUACAAACGCCCAUUACGUCCUUGCGGCGAUUCUUGCGCUUGGAUGGCGAGGCGUAGAGAAGAAACUAGACAUUCCCGUCCCGCCGCUGCCGCGCGGCGAGGAUGUUGGUGGACAAAGUGACAAUGGAGAACGACUCGCCAAAUCUUUGAAAGAAGCCGUUAUGAGGUUCAUGGCGAAAGAUAGCAUUGCAAGGGAGGUGUUUGGCGACGAGUUUGUUGACCAUUUUGGUGGGACGCGAGAGCAUGAGGUCAAGCUCUGGGAGGAAGCGGUUACUGACUGGGAGGUGAAACGAUACAUUGAAACCGUAUGA